AGAGGACAAAGAGAGCUUGUGAUAACUGCCUGUGAUAAUACCAAUUCUUGAGAAACCAUAUUAUUGAGUGGAGCCUUCAGCACACUAAGUCCUGGAGAAAUGGCUUUUAUGGGUGUGGAUACCAGAUGCCUGGGUCUGUUACUUCUUUGUGCAAUAAUUGGACCUUCUUUGGAAAUAAAAGUUAAUCCUCCUCGGGAUUUUGAAAUAGUGGAUCCUGGAUUACUAGGUUAUCUCUAUUUGCAAUGGAAACCUCCCGUGGUUGUGGAAAACUUUAAGGAAUGCACACUAGAAUAUGAGUUAAAAUACAGAAAUGGUGAUAGUGAUAAAUGGAAGACUAUCGUUACUAGAAAUCUAAUUCACAAGGAUGGGUUUGAUCUUAACAAAGGCAUUGAAGGAAAGAUACGUACGCACUUAUCAGAACAGUGUACAAAUGUAUCAGAAGUUCAAAGUUCAUGGAUGGAAGCUUCUUAUCGGACAUCAGAUGCAGGAAGCCUGGAAACUAAAAUUCAGGAUAUGAAGUGUAUAUAUUAUAACUGGCAGUAUUUGGUUUGCUCUUGGAAGCCUGGCAAGGUAGCACAUUCUGAUGCCAACUAUACUAUGUUUUUCUGGUACGAGGGCUUGGAUCAAGCCUUGCAGUGUACCAAUUACCUUCGAGAUAAUGAAAAAAAUGUUGGGUGCAAGCUUUCCGACUUGGAGUCAUCAGACUAUAAAGACUUCUUUAUCUGUGUUAAUGGAUCCUCAAACACAGAACCUAUCGGAUCCAGCUAUACAGUUUUUCAACUUCAAAAUAUAGUUAAACCCUUGCCACCAGAAUUCCUUCACAUUGGCAUGGAGGAUUCCAUUGAGAUUAGAAUGAAAUGGAGCACACCUGAAGGCCCCAUUCCACCAAGGUGUUACACUUACGAGGUUGUGGUCCGAGAAGACGAUAUUUCUUGGGAGUCUGCCACAGAUAAAAAUGACAUGAAGUUGAAAAAAAGAGCAAAUGAUAGUGAAGAGCUGUGCUUUUUUGUAAGAAGUAAAGUCAAUAUAUACUGUGCAGAUGACGGAAUUUGGAGUGAAUGGAGUGAAGAGGAAUGCUGGGAAGGCUACGUGGGACCAGACUCAAAGAUUGUUUUCUUAGUGCCAAUUUGUCUCUUCUUUGUAUUUCUUUUAUUACUUCUCUGCUUGAUUGUGGAGAAGGAAGAACCCGAACCAACAUUGAGCUUCCAUAUGGAACUGAACAAGGAAGUUUAUUCUUAUGAAGAAACCCUCUGUUAAGCUACCC